AUGCCGUCUCGAAAACGCGCCGCCGAGGAAAUGGAGGCUGAGGCGCCUGUUGAAGAGCCCAGUACAUUGCAGAAACUGCGCAAUAUGUGGCAGUUCUCCAACUUGGCCCAGUACAUCAGUCUAUUUGGUGACGCGGUCAAAAUCGACAAGGACUUUGACAUCGAGGAAUUGGAGUCCGAAUGUCUUAAACCACAGCCGUCCGACAAACUUGCACAAAUUGGCUUAGCGCUGCUGAAGCACGUAUCGUCACACAAAGGCUUGACACCCGACAUCUUUGAUGAAUACACCCGUCGACAGUAUGUCGCGAAAGCGCCCGCUCGAAACCCCUUUGGCGAGGAAGAGGAACCCAACAAAUUCCACGACUUCGACGUCUUCACCAAGAUACGCGUGUUGCAACAAUUAUCUGUAUGGACGCUCAACAAUCCAAACACAAUAAGAGAGAAGAUGGGAGCGACGGAUAGCGAGCAGACGCUCUGGCGUAUGGAGCCCACAGGCUGGGACUCGCAAGAACGAUCGCUCUUCGUUCUAGAUGACAACCGCAUGUACCGAAUGACAGAUCCACCACCACCUCCAGAACCUACGAAAGCCAAACCCAAAGCAAAGUCGAGGAAGUCAAAAGGAUCGAGAUCCAGCAAGCGACAGAAGGCAUCUACUCCCGAGGCCGAAGAAGCCGUUGAUGAUGAGCAGGCAACAGAAGAACAACAGUCUCUGGAGACAGACAACGGUCUUGGUGGCAAGAAGUGGGAGUGCAUCUGCGUCACCUUGGAAGAUUAUCAGGAGUACAUGAACAGUAUCCGGAAGAGUCGCGAUCCCAACGAGAAGAUACUGUACAAACGACUUCAGGAGGACGUUAUGCCCGUCAUGGAGGGGUUGGCGGAGGAGCAAGCGAAGAAGCAGGCUCGCAAGUUGAAGGAGUUGGAAAAUAUGCAAAAGCUUGCCACGGCAAAGCGCUCAUCGCGAAUCUCGUCGCGACUUGAAAAACAGAAAGAGGUUGAGGAGGCCGAAGCUGCAGAACGUAAGAGACAGGAAGAGCUUACAAUGGCCAAGGCGGAGCAAGAGAAGCAGAAGAAGAUGGAGGAAGCACAAGAUUCUCGCAGGAUGACUCGUGAGCAACGGCUGAAGGAGCGUGAGACGGCCAAGAUUCUCAAAGAAGAGGAGCUGCGUAGAUUGCAAGAGAACGAACAGAAGCUGGCUUCAAACAAUGCCAGGCUCUCUGAGCGGCACCUGAAGGCCAUGAUGAAGAAGCACGAAAGUGAUCUCAAAAGGCUUAACGAGGAAGAAGAUUGGUUCUUUGACUGCGAAAAGUGCGGUACUUACGGCUCCAACCUAAACGACAAUACGCCACAAAUAUCGUGUGAGAAGUGCAAUGUCUGGCAACACAUGAAGUGCCACGGCAUCACAGAAGAACAGGCCGAUGAUUCGAAAUUCGUAUUUGUUUGCACUGCCUGCAAACGUAAAGAGGGAGAGGCGGACCAGCCGAAGCCUCCAUCUCUCAAGUUACGGUUGACAUCACAGUCACCAUCUUCUCAUAAUCACGCAGAAGCAAAUGGCGACGGACCCUCUAUGCCAGCGCACCGAUUUGACGGAGUACAACUACCAGCACCACAAGCUUUCCAGCCGCCUAUGCAUUCUGCACAGCCCUGGGUUGACGGCCCAAGUCUAUCUCCACGGGGUCAAGCUCUGGGCCCGCCUGGCAUACAAAGAUCAGAAGCUGCCUAUGGAUCGCCGACAAAAGGCGCGAAUGGUAGCAUGUCAUCACCGAUACGAGCUCACUUCUCAUCCCCUGGGCACAGAACUGGAAACGGUCAUCCAACAUCGUCACCUCCACCUUACAACCUCGAACGAAUACCAAGCAGCCCGACCAAAGGCUUCCACAUGCCACAACCACAGCAGAACGGCAGCUCUUUUGGAGGCCCGAAUCCAUUCAACUCCAACCCCUUCGGACCGCCACAACCGGAAGCACCGUAUGUGCGAAGCUUCAGCCGUCCAGCGUCAGCAGCGGGCCCAGGCGGCUCGCCAGUAAAGCACUCUCCAGCAGCCUCCCCCCGGCCAGCCAACGGCCUACCACCCAGUUUCAACUUCAACAGCCCCCACUCUUCUUUCCCACCCAGCUCCGCCAACCGCCCAUCCUUCUCCCCAACCAAACACAGUUCGCCCGCGCCCCUCCGAGCAAACAUGUCAUCACCGGCUCCGGCACCAAUGCGCAUAGCUCCGUCUCCUUCGUCCCAAAUGCCCGCCCAGAUGCUCCCAGACCCCAUCCCAGCGCCACUGAAACACGACGGCAUGCGACCAGUAUCGAGUCAUCAAAUGUCCGAGACGCCCGUCUUCCCGCCUAUCAAGAGCUUAGAGCCCCUUUCUAGCCCAACGAUUCUUGAUCCGCCUGUUAAGAAGUCAAGUCCGGCACCAGACAGGUUUCUUGAUAGAAUGAAUGGUUUGAAUGGGGUUGGGCAUGGAAGCAGUCAGUAA